CAUGCAUUUUGUUGGAUCGAGCUGACUAUUCCAAACCUUGCAUUGCAUAUAAACUUUAUUGUCUUCUCUUGUUAAUCUUCAAUCAUUCAAAGCAAGUAGAGAAAAAGUUAUUAAACAUAUGGGGUCAGUUGCAUAUUUCAAAUAUUGAGUGCUUAAAUGUAUCAAGUUUGGUGAAGAAGCUGGACACUCAUGGCAAGGCCAACCUCUCUCUUCUUCUUCUUUCUUGGUUUAGUCUUCAUUUUAGCAACUUGCAGGGCUAAAUCUGUGCAUCAUGUGAAGAAACAGAAACCCGCCGCCUUCUUCAUCUUCGGUGACUCUUUUCUGGAUGCAGGCAACAACAAUUACAUCAACACCACAACUCUUGACCAAUCGAAUUUUUGGCCUUAUGGAGAAACCUUUUUCAAGUUCCCUACAGGAAGAUUUUCUGAUGGGCGUUUGAUUUCUGAUUUCAUAGCACAAUAUGCUGGCUUGCCAUUGAUUCCACCUUUUCUUCAACCUGGCAUUCAUCAAUACUAUCAUGGGGUGAAUUUUGCAUCAGCUGGAGCUGGUGCUCUAGUUGAGACUUUUAAAGGGGAUGUGAUUAAUCUGGAAACACAGCUUAGCUACUACAAGAAGGUGGUGAGUUGGUUGAGAGACAAAUUAGGCAAUGAUGAAGGGAAGAUGAUAUUAUCAAAAGCUGUAUUUUUGUUUAGCAUUGGAAGCAAUGAUUACACUAGCCCUUUCUUGACCAAUUCCACCAUACUAAACUCCUUCUCAGAGUCCCGGUAUGUUGGGAUGGUGAUUGGCAACCUAACAACAAUUCUCAAAGAAAUUUAUAAGAGUGGAGGCAGAAAAUUUGCAUUCAUCAAUUUGCCACCCUUAGGUUGUUUUCCAACAAUCAGAAUACUCAAACCAGAAACCAAUGGCAGCUGCUUAGGGAAAGUUUCAUCACUAGCAAAACUGCAUAACAAAGCUUUGUCCAAGCUCCUCUAUAAUUUGGAGAAACAAUCAAAGGGGUUCAAGUAUUCACUAUUUGACUUGAACAGCCGCCUCAGAAAAAGAAUGAAACAUCCCUCCAAGUAUGGGUUCAAGGAAGGAGAAGCAGCAUGCUGUGGAACAGGGCAGUUUGGAGGAGUUUUUAGCUGUGGAGGGAAGAGGAUAGUGAAGGAAUUUGAGCUAUGUGAGAAUCCAAAUAAAUAUUUGUUUUGGGACUCACUUCAUCUCACUGAAAUGGCCAACAGACAGUUAGCAGAGGCAAUGUGGAAUGGCACAACAAACUCUCAUCUUGUUGGGCCUUACAGUCUCAAGAAACUUUUCAAAAUUUCUUAAUACAUAGUCAUUGAUUUGCAUAUACAAAAUCAAGUAGAAUGCUUCUCUUUUAUAGUAAUUUAAAUAAAUUUAAAUGGAAGGCUUGGAAAUUGGGCUUCCUGGCUACCCAGCGCCCUUGGGCCUAAGCUUCAAAGAUCAACUUCCAAACAAAUUAAUGAAAGCAUUAUGCAAAUUUCUGGCUUCAACUUUCCUACUGGGAGAUUUUCUGAUGGGCGAAUAAAUGACAGAUUUCAUUGGUAUAUACGAACUUUGUUUCACUUUUUCUUCACAAAAUUACAGGUGAUAGAGAUAGACCUUGAAAUUCAGCUAAGUUAUUUCAAGAUUGUGGAGAAGCAGGACCCAAAACAUUGUUAUCCAAAUCUGUUUACUUGAAAUAAGCAGAUUUCUAAAGCAUAUUUGUGAUUUGUCUGAGUCUUUUAAAUCUGAGAACUCAAUUUAUCCAAGCAUCCAUCUUGCUGCCCAAGUUUCAGCAGAUUACUUAUACAGCAUAGUCAAUUGCAUGAUUUCACGAAGUAUACUAUGUCAAAUAAGCUUGUUCAAUAGAAAAGUAUAUCAGCAGUCUUUUUCCACUGGAAUUUUUUUUUCAGAUGCUCUAGUUUUCUUUCAAGGUUGCGGUUUUAUCAGGACUUUUGUAAGAAAUGCAGAAACUUCCAAGCCUGAAGCCACUAAUUUGACUGAUAUUAAUUAAAAAUUCAAUCCUCGGAGUUGAU